GAUCAUUGGUCGGGUAGUUGCCAUGGCAGUGGCCCGGCGCGUUCCUGGGCGGAGAGAAGAUGGCGGUGACUAGCUGGUUGGAGGUUUUGCGGUCGGCCGAGAAGACGGCACUGCUGCAGGAUGGGAAGAGGAUGGUGCACUAUUUGUUCCCAGAUGGGAAGGAAAUGGCAGAAGAAUAUGACGAGAAGACCAGUGAACUCCUUGUGAGGAAGUGGCGUGUGAAAAAUGCCCUGGGAGCCUUGGGCCAGUGGCAGCUUGAAGUGGGAGAGCCAGUGCCCUCAGGAGCUGGGAGCCUGGGAUCCGAGCUCAUCAAAGAAAGUAAUGCCAAUCCCAUCUUCAUGCGCAAGGACACCAAAACAAGUUUCCAGUGGCGGAUUCGAAAUCUCCCCUACCCGAAGGAUGUGUAUAGUGUGUCUGUGGCCCAGAAGGAGCGCUGUGUCAUUGUUAGAACAACAAACAAAAAGUACUACAAGAAGUUCUCCAUCCCUGACUUAGACAGACACCAGCUUCCUCUAGAGGAUUCUGCGUUGAGCUUUGCGCACGCCAACUGCACCCUGAUAAUCUCUUAUCAGAAGCCAAAGGAGGUCAUGGCGACUGAGUCGGAGUUACAGAAGGAGUUAAAGAAGGUAAAGACGGCCCACAGCAGUGCCGGGGACUGUAAGACGCAGUAGCUGUCCUGAGCCUUGCACCUCUGGUGCGGAGGAAACUGUGAGACUUCCGGCAUGGGUUUUAUGGCGCGGGCAGCCUCUUCUCUUCUAAGAACUACAGAGUCCCUAGAACUGGCUCUUGGGGAACAGCUUGCUCCCACCUGUGGCUCUGGUCCUGAGUAAAGUCAUUUGCAGUUGCUCUAGAAGGACUGACUGCCCCUUUCUCUACUUCUGGGUAUUGCCCGUCCCUGGAUACCCUGCCUUCUUAGGGAAGAUGGUGGUGUGACAACCCACCCCACCUCCCAUCCUGGGGACCUUCCAGCUAACGGGGGAGCAGAGUGGGAACAGGCUGGGCAUCUUGGAACUCCUGUGUGCUGGCUUGCCUUAUAUAAGAGACUCAGGAAAAACUCCUCUGAGGCCAGGGUGGGCAAAGGGGACGUUUAAACAUCCAGCUAGCUUGGAAACAGCACAGAACGCUAAGACACUGUGGUUAAAAGAACACGGUUGCCGUACUGUCAAAGGUGUGUGUGAUAGGACAGAGGCGAAAUGUCACCAUAGCUCAACAGCCGAGAGUCCUCCGACAGUUCCUUGUCUACACCCUGGGGAGGUUCUUGGGGACAUAGAGCCAUAGUUUUGUCCUUUCCCUGUACACUGCCUUCCUGGACCCACUUAGAAUGACCUAACCACCAAAGAACCAGAUUUGUCAACAAUUAAAUUUUAUUUUUAUAAAAAUUA